AUGGAGGAGCCUGGUCAUGGAGGGGCCUGGUCCUGGGGGCUAGGAGGAGCCUGGUCCUGGGGUCAUGGAGGAGCCUGGUCAUGGAGGGGCCUGGUCCUGGGGGCAUGGAGGAGCCUGGUCAUGGAGGGGCCUGGUCCUGGGGGCAUGGAGGAGCCUGGUCAUGUAGGGGCCUGGUCCUGGGGGCAUGGAGGAGCCUGGUCCUGGGGUCAUGGAGGAGCCUGGUCCUGGGGUCAUGGAGGAGCCUGGUCAUGGAGGAGCCUGGUCCUGGGGUCAUGGAGGAGCCUGGUCAUGGAGGAGCCUGGUCCUGGGGGCAUGGAGGAGCCUGGUCCUGGGGGCAUGGAGGAGCCUGGUCCUGGGAUCAUGGAGGAACCUGGUCCUGGGGUCAUGGAGGAGCCUGGUCCUGGGGUCAUGGAGGAGCUUGGUCCUGGGGGCAUGGAGGAGCCUAGUCCUGGGGUCAUGGAGGAGCCUGGUCCUGGGGUCAUGGAGGAGCCUGGUCCUGGAGUCAUGGAGGAGCCUGGUCCUGGGGUCAUGGAGGAGCCUGGUCCUGGGGUCAUGGAGGAGCCUGGUCCUGGGGGCAUGGAGGAGCCUGGUCCUGGGGUCAUGGAGGAGCCUGGUCCUGGGGUCUUGGAGGAGCCUGGUCCUGGGGUCAUGGAGGAGCCUGGUCCUGGGGGCAUGGAGGAGCCUGGUCCUGGGGUCAUGGAGGAGCCUGGUCCUGGGGUCAUGGAGGAACCUGGUCCUGGGGUCAUGGAGGAGCCUGGUCCUGGGGUCAUGGAGGAGCCUAGUCAUGGGGGCAUGGAGGAGCCUGGUCCUGGGGUCAUGGAGGAGCUUGGUCAUGGAGGAGCCUGGUCCUGGAAGAGCCUGGUCCUGGGGUCAUGGAGGAACCUGGUCCUGGGGGCAUGGAGGAGCCUGGUCCUGGGGUCAUGGAGGAGCCUGGUCCUGGGGUCAUGGAGGAGCCCGGUCCUGGGGUCAUGGAGGAGCCUGGUCAUGGAGGAGCCUGGUCAUGGAGGAGCCUGGUCCUGGGGGCAUGGAGGAGCCUGGUCCUGGGGUAAUGGAGGAGCUUGGUCCUGGGGUCAUGGAGGAGCCUGGUCCUGGGGUCAUGGAGGAGCCUGGUCCUGGGGUCAUGGAGGAGCCUGGUCCUGGGGUCAUGGAGGAGAACAAGAGGAGGGGACUGAUGGUAGAGAACAAGAGGAGGGGACUGACGGUGGAGAACUAGAGGAGGGGACUGAUGGUGGAGAACAAGAGGAGGGGACUGAUGGUGGAGAACAAGAGGAGAGGACUGAUGGUGGAGAACAAGAGGAGGGGACUGAUGGUGGAGAACAAGAGGAGGGGACUGAUGGUGGAGAACAAGAGGAGGGGACUGAUGGUGGAAAACAAGAGGAGGGGACUGAUGGUGGAGGACAAGAGGAGGGGACUGAUGGUGGAGAACAAGAGGAGGGGGCUGAUGGUGGAGAACAAGAGGAGGGGACUGAUGGUGGAGAACAAGAGGAGGUGACUGAUGGUGGAGAACAAGAGGAGGUGACUGAUGGUAGAGAACAAGAGGAGGGGACUGAUGGUGGAGAACAAGAGGAGGGGACUGAUGGUGGAGAACAAGAGGAUGGGACUGAUGGUGGAGAACUAGAGGAGGGGACUGAUGGUGGAGAACAAGAGGAGGGGACUGAUGGUGGAGAACAAGAGGAGGGGACUGAUGGUGGAGAACAAGAGGAGGUGACUGAUGGUGGAGAACAAGAGGAGGUGACUGAUGGUGGAGAACAAGAGGAGGUGACUGAUGGUGGAGAACAAGAGGAGGUGACUGAUGGUGGAGAACAAGAGGAGGUGACUGAUGGUGGAGAACAAGAGGAGGGGACUGAUGGUGGAGAACAAGAGGAGGUGACUGAUGGUGGAGAACAAGAGGAGGGGACUGAUGGUGGAGAACAAGAGGAGGGGACUGAUGGUGGAGAACAAGAGGGGACUGAUGGUGGAGAACAAGAGGAGGGGACUGAUGGUGGAGAACAAGAGGAGGGGACUGAUGGUGGAGAACAAGAGGAGGGGACUGAUGGUGGAGAACAAGAGGAGGGGACUGAUGGUGGAGAACAAGAGGAGGGGACUGAUGGUGGAGAACAAGAGGAGGGGACUGAUGGUAGAGAACAAGAGGAGGGGACUGAUGGUGGAGAACAAGAGGAGAUGACUGAUGGUGGAGAACAAGAGGAGGGGACUGAUGGUGGAGGACAAGAGGAGGGGACUGAUGGUGGAGAACAAGAGGAGGGGACUGAUGGUGGAGAACAAGAGGAGGGGACUGAUGGUGGAGGACAAGAGGAGAGGACUGAUGGUGGAGAACAAGAGGAGGGGACUGAUGGUGGAGAACAAGAGGAGGUGACUGAUGGUGGAGAACAAGAGGAGGUGACUGAUGGUGGAGAACAAGAGGAGGGGACUGAUGGUGGAGAACAAGAGGAGGGGACUGAUGGUGGAGAACAAGAGGAGGGGACUGAUGGUGGAGAACAAGAGGAUGGGACUGAUGGUGGAGAACUAGAGGAGGGGACUGAUGGUGGAGAACAAGAGGAGAUUACAUGA